AUUCGCGGCAGUAGGCUCAAGCGGAUCCGAGGACAUUCCCAGGAGAGGCACGCAGGAUGGCGUACGUAACGCUGACGAACAUCACGGUGCUGGACAACCCGACAGCAUUCACGAACCCGUUCCAGUUCGAAGUCACGUUCGAGUGCGCGCAUCCCCUCGAAGACGACUUGGAAUGGAAGAUCACAUACGUAGGCAGCGCCGAGGACGAGAGUCGAGACCAGGUACUGGAAGAAGUGCUGGUUGGACCGGUGCCCGUGGGCACAAACAAGUUUGUGUUCCAGUCCGAGCCCCCCGAUCCGAACAACAUCCCCGAAGAAGACAAGGUUGGCGUCACAGUCGUGCUCGUCACGUGUUCGUACAAGUCGCGAGAAUUUGUCCGUGUCGGGUACUACGUCAACAACGAUUACACAGACCCCUUCUUGCUGGAGAACCCUCCUGCGGUCGUGGACAUCCAUAAGCUUCAACGUAACAUCUUGGCAGACAAGCCUCGCGUCACACGAUUCCCCAUCGAUUGGGCACCUGGUGCGACUGGUGCCGGUGCAUCGGCCGUGUUUGAUGAGAACAUGAACGCGUCCGACUUGAACGAGAUGGACAUGCUCAACGAAGAAGAACUAAUAAAGGCCGCUGCACAGCUUGACAACCUCCACCCGGACAUUGUGAUCGAGCCAGAAAUGGAAGACGACGAAGAUGGCAUGGAAGGAGAUGCGAAUGAAGAAGACAUCGACAUGGACGUGAACGAAGGCGACGACGAUGACGACGACGUGGACUCGGGCAUCGAGUUUGAAGAAGACUUAUAAAUUUAUCCACAAAUACCAUACCCACUCCAACUCCGUCAUCUCCAGUGGCGUCGUUGGUGCUUCAAGCAUCGCCGAUACAUCUCCACUUGCCCACGAAAUAUUUUACUGCACCAUGAAUUCAACAUAUACCAGCGUUUUGUAUUGGGC